AUGGAUAUCACUCCAGGCCCUGAUGGUCGCUUUGGAUUCACUAUAGUGGGAGACUGCCCCCUGCUGGUGGAGGAUUGCUCCCCCUGCUCCCCAGCGGGUCGCAGUGGUCUCCGAGCUGGAGAUUAUGUCAUGGAGGUGAAUGGGAUCCCUGUGAAGCACCACGAGAUGGCGGCCGCUUUGAUAAAGGCCUCUCAGGGCCGAACACUGCGUCUCGGGGUGCUGUGCAUGGGCAGUCGUCAGAAACGCAGCAGCGGAUGCAUCGAGGGGUCUCUGAAAGACACAGACGGCUUGCGUCAGGACCGUAAACAGAAGGCUCUGGAGUUCAACAGGAGGGUUGAGGAGAUUUUGAGGAACGAUCCAGAGGUGAAAGAGAAACUUUUUGCUGUGCUGAAACAGUUUGCUGCUGAGAGGAAGGUGGACUGGCUUGCUUCCGUUCUUCCUGACAUAUUGACAACCGAAGAGCAGCAACAGCUCAUCUCGAACAUCAGGAUCUUUAUUCCCAAGAAGCAUCGGCAGCGCUUUGAUGAAGCCGUCUCUCAGAGUCUCAUCAACCGCGUGUGUCGUAGCAAGAGCCUUGGCGAGCCCCAAAACAGGCUCCGCCGGAGCCGAAGUCAAGACCACCCGGAGCGUCCUCAAGGCUCGAAACGGGCCAGUUCUGUGCCCAGAGAUACCCCAGAUGACCCGGCUCAAUCCGACCGUAGCCUUAGGAAGAGCACCACCAUGGUUCCCAGCCACUAUGUCACUGGAGCCAACCAGAGAACAAUCCGUGUGUACCGGGGUAAGAAGAGUUUUGGCUUUACUCUGAGAGGUCAUGCUCCUGUGUGGAUCGACUCCGUAAUGGCAGGUAGUCCAGCUGAGGCGUGUGGCCUUAAACCGGGAGACCGCAUAUUGUUCCUCAAUGGCUUAGACAUGAGGAACUGCUCCCAUGAGAAGGUGGUGUCCAUGCUGCAGGGCAGUGGUGCCAUGCCCUCUCUAGUGGUGGAAGAGGGCCCCGUAGACUAUCCGCUGUCAGAUUCGGAGCCGGAAGAGACCCCCACCAUCCAGCGCUCGCGUUCCCCGGCCCUCAGCUCCCUGCAGUGGGUGGCCGAGAUCCUUCCUCCCAGCAUCCGCGUGCACGGCCGUACCUUCAGCCAGCAACUCGAACACCUCCUCACCCUACAAGAAAGAUACACCAUUUGCAAAGCUCUGGAGACGUUCUUCCAGCACAGGAAUGUGGACACAUUCAUUGUAGAUGUGUUCCCUGUGCUGGACACUCCUGCCAAGCAGCUGAUUUGGCAGUUUAUAUACCAGCUGCUGACCUAUGAGGAACAGGAACACUGCAAGAGCAAGAUCGCCCGCUUCCUGGGCUUCAAGAGUGCAGAACCAGAGUUGGGUCCAGAAACACACAAACGAAGCAGCUCCAUGCGAGUGUCAGGUACCUCCCACAAAAACAAUGUGAGAGAGAGAAGCUCAGAUGACUGCAUUAUCGGCACUCACCUUGGAAUGGGAACAUUCACUGACCCUGUGACUCCUGAGGAAAGACAGUGUGGGGAUGGGACUUCCUUCCCAGAGUCCCCAGAUCUCGACCACAUGUCAGGUGUGUACACGGAGCUUGGGAACGUCUAUCCCGGGAAGAGCAACCAAUCUCUCCAGAGUCACUCCUCACCCAGGGCUGUCGGCAUGGGCCACGCUGAGAACAAUACAUACACUUUGUCUUUCUCGCAUAAUAACGCAGGGAGCCGUAAGUCAGGCCUCUCUCUUUCAUGGACUGAACCCUUUCCUGGCUCUCAGUAUGAUCCUUACCAGCAGACUGUCCCUUCUCCAGACAGUGUGGAGUCUAAUCCUUAUGUUAGUUUGGAUAGUCCCCCUGUCUCCCCCCUGCCUUCUGAUGAACCUAGUCCCCUGCCCCAGCGUAGGAAGCUCUUCACCUUCUCACGCCCACCUCGCAGUCGAGACACAGACAAGUUCCUGGAUGCUCUGAGCGAGCAGUUGGGCCACCGGGUCAAUAUCGUGGAUGAUUUUAAGGGAGGAGAGAAUGACUAUGAGGAGAUGAGUUUCCAGGACGAACAGGAGGUGAACAUGCCUCAUGAGUUAAGCAGUGCCAGCAGUGAAGAUAACAGCUGCAGUGAUGAUUCCACCUCCGUCACCUAUUCCUCAGGCUCUGACCACAUCCCCCCUCCCCCCCGGAGUCCUCCGCCCCCGCCACCACCUCUCCAGUUCACCGACCCGCCCUCGCCCCUCCCCCUUACCCCAGAGCACUUGCCCCAACCACCUCCAGCCUUCCAGCACCACCCGAUAAUUGUCCCGCCCCCACCACCACCUCGCCCCUUCCUCACUAACCGCCCCUUGUUACACAAAGUGCUGCCCACCAGUGAGGAGCUCAGGGCUCAGCGCAGCCAUGUCCGACACUCCACUCCCCAGCCCGGCGCUCAGUCUGUUCUCAAGCUGCACCAACCAAAGGCUCAUCCCAUCCUACAAUCAUCCCCGCACACCUCCCCUCAACCCCCAAUUGCAAGCGCACAGCACACUCACCUACGACAUCACACCCAGUCCAUCUACCAGAGCCAGCAGACCUCUGCUCCCAGAAACUCCCCGAGCCUGACCAAACAAAAGAGCCUCCAUUCCCAACAUUCCCAGCAAAGCUUUGAAAGCACACUCUCAAGCAAGGUACCCCCACCACCGCCACCUCCUCUACCCCCACCUUGUGAUCCACCACCUUUGCCCAAAUCCAGUCCAAAAGCCUCUGACAACAACCACAUGAGCGUGAAAAGACUGCGCUGGGAGCAGGUGGAGAACUCUGAAGGAACUAUCUGGGGACAGCUUGGAGAUGAUCCAGACUAUCAUAAACUCAGUGACAUGGUCAAAUACCUGGAUCUGGAUGUGUACUUCGGCACACAGAGGAAUUCCAAGCCCACUUUCCUGCCCGAGAACUUUAAAAAGAAAGACGUGGUUGAGAUUCUCUCCCAUAAAAAGGCCUACAACGCUUCUAUCCUCAUAGCACAUCUGAAGCUGUCCCCGAAAGAACUGCGGGAAAUCCUCGUGACCAUGAGCACCGAGCGCCUGGAACCCGCACACAUUAAACAACUGCUGCUCUACGCUCCUGAUGACGAGGAGGUCAAACAGUUUCAGCAUUACGAUAAGGACCCCGCCAAGCUCAGUGAGCCCGACCAGUUCGUCCUACAGAUGCUACUAGUUCCCGAGUAUAAAACCAGACUCAGGAGUCUUCUUUUUAAGACCACUGUGCAGGAGAAAACUGAAGAAAUGAGAGCCGCAUACGAAUGCAUAUACAAAGCCUCAUUAGAGCUCAAAAACAGCAAGAGGUUGGCCAAGAUCCUGGAGUUUGUUUUAGCAAUGGGAAAUUAUCUCAAUAAUGGUCAGCCCAAGACGAAUAAAACAACAGGAUUCAAAAUUAAUUUUCUUACUGAGCUAAACACAACUAAAACAGUUGAUGGAAAGUCGACCUUCCUCCAUAUUCUUGCCAAAUCACUAUGCCAACACUUCCCAGAACUCCUCGGCUUCUCCAGGGACCUCAUAACAGUGCCAUUAGCUGCCAAAGUAAAUCAGAGGACCGUUACUGCUGAUCUCAGUGACCUUCACUCCACCAUCCAGGACAUAAGAACUUCCUGUGUAAAAAUCCCAGCUACUUCAGAGGAUCGCUUUGCAGCGGUUAUGAGUAGCUUCCUGGAAAACUGUCAUCCAGCUGUGCAAUCCCUAGACUCCUUGCAGCAAAGAGCAAUGGAUGAGUUUCAUAAAGUGGCCUCCUACUUUGGAGAAGACAGUAAGGCCACAAACACAGAAACCUUCUUUGGCAUCUUUGCUGAGUUUAUCUCCAAAUUCGAGGUUUGUCACUGCAAUCUGGCCUGCCUGUAA